AUGUUUGAUAGUCCUUACAAAUAUCCAAUUUUUAUUGUUUUAGAACAAUCUUCUUGGUUGCUUAUUCAACAACAUGAAGAUUUUAAUAGUCAGUAUAAAUCGAUGUUCAAGACUUUACAAGAGAUGAAUAGGACAGUUCAUGAAUUAGUAACCCUAGUAAGGGGAACUUGGUCGUCACUAGAAGAAAGACUAACUUGGAUUGUGACAGCCUUAGGAGGAACAGAUAUGGCUAUCGACAGAAUUUACUUGAUAUUUUGGCAUUUCAUGUUUAUUUUAAUGGGCAUGUUGACAUGUGCAUUUUUGGCUGCUAGAUCUAGUACCAGGCUGGUGGUAACUUUAUUGCCUUCUGUCAACCUUAUUGUGGCUUUACUUGGAGAAUAUCAGUACUUAGAUUUAUUAUCUCUUUUUGGAGCCGUUGGAAUUUUUAUUACAACUCAAGCAUUAAUUUUAUGGGCAUCACCUAUCAAAUCCAGUGUAAUAGGUCCAAUAGUUUGGAAAAAUAGGACACCUACUAAACAUUUUACACCACCCCAAACCAUUAUAUUAGAAGUCUCAAAAAAUAACCAGCAUCCUACCUCCAGUACAUCCUAUAAUGAGGACGACUAUGAAAAUGCCGACACUUUUCAGGAUUUCAAUUUUACUCCACCAGAGUCAAGAAAUGGUCACUAUUCUCCAAGAUCUGUUUCCAGGAGCAGAAGUCGGACUCCUUUAUUGCUUAAUUCUAGUUUAAAAAUUAGCUGUAGAUCUAGGACGAGAAUGGGCACUCCAUGUAAACUCGCCCGAUUGCCAGGAAGAGAUUUUUGCUAUAGACACCAAAGUGGUAGCUCUGUAGCUGGAUAAUUGGAUUAAAAAAUAGUUGUGUUAAUAUUAAUUGUAUAUAAACUAAUACAAACAAUUAAAAACUUGUAAUU